UGGUGUUCCUGUAGUUACUAAUGGAGCAGGAACCGGCGCGCUUUCCUCAUCUUCCACCACUGGCGAACAUCAGCAACACCAGUUAGACAGUAGCCGACUACUCAGUACGAUGCGCUCCUCGUCCUCGCAUCCCGAACUGCAGGCCACUGCUCUACCUAAGCGCAGUCUCAAAACAGGAGAAAAACAGGUAUCGAUGCAACUGAAUACACGGUUUUUGCUGCCCUAUGACACUGAUACAACUCCGGAGUCCAAGCCCCGGGAUGGAAUACAACGCACGCCUUACCCCAAAGAAGAAAGUCCUAGUUUCCCCACCGCGGAUAUUCUACAGCAGGAUACGAAAUCCAAGGUAGCAGAAGAGCUCUUAAUGCUGGCGAGGAAAAAAGAAGGACUACAACAAGGAAGACUCGUCAAUAGUUCACUCACGUCAUCCUCGUCGACAGGAGCAACUACUAUUAAGGGUAGGGUAAAGGUGCUUUUGUUCCCGCUUUUUAUGCCUUUCCUAGGGGAGAAAGGCAGAAAAAGCGGGGUCCACGAGCACCAAGGCCCUACCUCUAAUACUACAUUAGGAAACAAGGCCCCCAGCGGCAUACUGCAAGAACAGGAAGACGAAAGCCGAACGCGGAUCAAAGGAAGUGCCACCUGUUCCUCAAGUAGUCCAGAACAAGGCAAUCAAAGCGAGGCGCAUAACGUCGACCCUGAAGAAGACCAAGCUGGAGGUCCCGGACAAGCGGACAAAACUCAAAGAGUAGGACCAACUCUGCAUGGUAGCAACGACCCUGAUCAAAACUCCAGGACCAACGCCUCCGGAAAUGAAGCGACAACUACUGCAAAUACUGCAAAUACUACAACUACUGCAAAUACUGCAAGCACUACAACUACUGCAAAUACUGCAAGCACUACAACUACUGCAAAUACUGCAAGCACUACAACUACUGCAAAUACUACAACAGGAGCAGUGCCUGUGCCUCCUCCAGGAGUCGUUAUUGACAGAGAGCAUGAGGAAGUUGAGGAUUACAGUGAGCAGGUGCUGACGUCUGGCGUCGUGGGUACAAUUCUGAGCAAGCAAGAACAAGAACCCUCGUGGAUACCGUUCUUUUCACCGCCCUUACGGUCCCGACGGAUGAGAGGUAGGACGAUGCGCACACGAAGUGACGACUCCUCAGAAAUGUCAUCAAGUAAAGAAAAUAAUGAGGAUGGGGGAGGUGGGGUCUUUUCUUCGUCAACAACUUUACACAAAGGGUCGACAGGGAGUGGACGAGGAGCGCAACCUUCUUCACGUGGUGCUGGGCAAGAUCAUGGUGCUCAUAACGAAGUCGAAGACGACGAUCACCACACGGAACAAGAUGUUGGAAGCACAGGCAUCCAACUACAAAACAACAAAGCUGCUAACUGCUCCGCAUCUGUACUUCUAUCAGACAUCAAUAGAGUUGUUGAGAACAAGAAUCCUCGUCUAGAUGAUGGCGAUGAGACCGCAUGGCUGUCCCCGGAUAGUCUUCGCCGUCUCCGUGGCGACCCAAGCAACAGCAUGAUUAAGACUUACUUAGUUUAUAUUAAUUAAAUUUUAACUCAGUAACCAAAGACAUAAGGGAAAGAAAACACACAAGGACGUAACUUAACUUCCCUGAGUCAGCUAAAGUCUACCAAGUUUCCUCAAGUAGAGCAAAAGAUAUUAUAGAUUUUCAUCGUGAGAGGCAUCUUUGCCGUGCUUUCAAGGGGUGGAAAAAUAGGAGGUCAAAGAUGCUCUGCAAGAUGAAUAGCGGUAAAGUCUAAUAUGAGUAAUCAUCGACCAGCUGCCACCAAAUCCGAAAGGAGUUUCAAGUCUGAAAGGAGUCUGAAAGGGUCCGAAAAAAGUUUCAAAUCGGAAAGAAGCACGAAAUUUUCGGAGCGCAGUGCUGGGAAAUACUCCACUGGGGAAGAGCGAAGUGCUGGGAAAGUGUCGUCCGCCAAUUGGGACGCGGACCUGGAUCCCAUGUUCCCUUUCAGCGAGAGAAAAGACACUUAUGAUCACAUGUUUUUCUCAUUGCAUGUUGCAAAAAUUGCAUUCUACUUGCAUUCUGGUGCACCAACACGAACGUCCUCGAAUUGAUGUUGUCAUUUUCCACUAAAUGGAAAGAGGACAAGGAUUGACUUGUGGUCCACUAGAAAACAAAGGAAAUAAGGCCAGUCAAGAACGACCUUGAUGACCUGAAGAAUGCAAAAUUGGCGCAAGAAUAGCUCUAAGAAACGAACGAAAUCUUACAUCCUGGACUGGCUAUGCUUUUGCGCGAAGAACAGACGCAAGAGGAUUUGAAAGAGAAAGAAAGAGUUCGAAAGGAACAAGUUCUGCAAGGCGGCGAGGAUGAUAGCGGUGCUACGAUGUUUAUGACAGACAAAACCAAAAGUGUACUCAUACUCAACAGAAUAGACACUGACAGACAAAACCAAAAGUGUACUCAUACUCAAAAGAAUAGCUUUAGCUAGGUACUUCGUGCCUACUUAAAUCCACCUAGCGAAUUUCUUCUGUGUGUGUGCACUUUUUCCUUUCAUAAUGUUCGAAGACUAUGAUGAAGAGGUGGAUGACAGCUUGCUGUCUAUGGACGGAGAAGGAACACCUCUACCUCACCUCUAUGGACGGAGAAAAAACACCUCUAUGGACGGAGAAAAAGCAAAGUCAAGGUCAAUGUCUACCUCCAUGUCUACCUCUACCUCAACGUAUACGUUUGUGACGAGCAAAGUGUUGAACGAGGUGAACAGCAAAGGGCAGACGGCGCUCACCUAUGUCGGAGAAGAAGAGAUUGGCUUGCGCAUUUUGCGGCAUCGUACUGAUCUGGAGCCAAAGACGGUGAAUGCGACCGAUAUUUAUGGCUGGAACGUGUUGAAUCACGCCUGUUGGCGACGCAUGCGACAUUUGGUAUUGGAGUUGCUCAAACGCAGAGACUUAGAAAAAUCACUAUUUCAAUCGAGACGAAAUCUGAAAUUAAGGCUCAACAAUUUUUUAGCUUGGGGCGGUCACCAUUUAGUAGAUUGGGGUCACUGAGAUCGAAGAGGCGACGACCCCUUCUUGAGAGAACCAGCAGGGGAAAUUGAUGAAGGGAAAAGGGGAGAGCUUUGAAGCUGGUCUCUUCUGCUCAGCAUCAGUAACCAAUGAGUGCCAUCCUUUAAUGAAACACCACAGUGCACUGGACUACGCCAAGAGGAACGGACCGACGUGGCAGCCGGUUGUGCAUGCAAUAGAAAACUACAUUUCAGAAAAAGGCUGGACGAGGAGUUCUGUUGCUGGAGGUACUUCUAAAGGCUGAGGCAGAUUUGACCUAAAAGGCAGCCUGACUUGCACUUGGGCUCAAGUGGACGAAAAUUCCCGAGUCUUGGACCGCAGUCACUUGACGUUUUCAUGAGAUAAGGACUACACAGGCUGCACCACCUCCACCACGCAAUCGCGACACGACACGAGCGUGCGUCUUCCGUGUUCAUUACAUUGUCGAUAUGGCAAUUUCGAUAACCAAAGGAAAAUAUCGGACUUCAAGCAAAUACUCUACGCAAAAAGAGAUAGCUCGCAGCCAAGUCUGUGGUCGCAUGUACCCCCGUCACGACGAGUUUAAUCAGGCCACGAGCUGGUGCCAACUGAGUGGCAGCAAAAGUCAGAUCAAUAACGAAGCGAGGCAGUAAUUCAAUUAAUGGAGCAUCAUCAAGGAAAAAUGAAGAUACUACUUCUUACGGGUUUUUGUCCUUUCUGACUACUAGAUUUCUUCGUACAGCUUUACAGUCGCUAGUGCUGGUGCACCUGCAUCAAACUAAAAAGUCCCCUCUCUCUUGUCGUUCAACAAGGAAACAACAUCAGAAAGAAUGUCGCUCUCAUUGGAGCCACAUCCGAUUGGCGUGAGAUACUGGACUAAUACCUGCAAGGAGUUGAAGGAUGUUCCUUACAACAUCCUCCUAUUGUUCUUUUCGUUAUCGGUAUGGUUAUCAACAGGAACAGGCGCAAGACGAAUGACAAUCCAACAACAGGCUAGACGAGCGGGUAGAAGUCGCCAGGGAAAUCAAUCCUAGGCCGAUUGCUGAGUAGAUUCGCUUCGUCAUGGGUAUAGAUAUUGCUUUUAGAAUUGCUUCCACGUUCGUUCCCGGUCGGUUCGUGCGUCUUGUCUGGAACGACGCAUACACGCAAACGCAAAGUCAAUCAAGGUAAGAUGAACAUUGUGAAUUUGAAGCGUCGUAUCAAGGUCUUCAAAACGAUGAGCAUCGGUCCACUGCGACAUCGGGCAUCAUGAUUCAAAAA